AUGGUCUUAAGAGGAUUUCUCUGCACGUCUGCAGCGUCUUCGCGCCUGACGAGCUCCGAGCUGGUUCAGAAGCGCAUCCAGCUGUUCAACAAGGAGAAAGAGAGACAGAGGUCACUGAUCCCCCGCAUCGAGAAGAUUGAAGUUAAAUAUGUGGGAACGUCAGACCCUGGGACUGUCUUCAUCAUGAACAAGGGGCUCUCUACCCCUUACAACUGUGCCAUGCAUCUCAGUGAGUGGCAAUGCAGGCGGUCAGUGCUGGCCCUUGUGGAUGGGGAAGUCUGGGAUAUGUAUCGACCAUUCCACAAGUCUUGUGAUAUCCAGUUCCUGACUUUCAAGGAUGAAAACCCUGAAGAAGUUAAUAAGGCUUAUUGGCGAUCGUGUGCUAUGAUAAUGGGUUACGUGCUUGAAACUUCAUUCAAGGACAAGUAUAGCAUUACUCUGGUCAGAGCCCCUGAAGUACCAGUAAUUUCUGGAGCUUUCUGCUACGAUAUCGUGUUAGAUGAGAGGCUGGACGACUGGAAGCCCUCCGUGGAGAACCUGCGCUCACUCACCACAGAGGCUCACCGGCUCAUUCAUAAGGACUCGCCCUUUGAAUCUUUGGAAGUGGUACCCAAGGUGGCACAGGAGAUGUUUCAGGAGAACCAGCACAAGUUGGAUACUAUCGAGGAAAUGGCUUCUCUCCACCCCAACAGACUGGUGAAGCUGUACAGAUGCGAUGAAUUUGUGGACGUGAGUGAAGGACCACACAUCCCCCGCACUAACUAUUGCUCUCAGUUUGAGAUCACUGCCGCACACAACCUGGGCGCAGGGCACCACGGGGCAGGGCUGCUUCGCAGGUUCCAGGGUCUAUCGCUGCCUGCUCACAUGAGGUCGUUCUUCUCUGUGUGGGACAGAUUGCGGCAGAGGUCUCAGAAACUGGUGACAGAAGAAGGAGCUCAAACAGAGACUGUAAAAACAACAGCAUCGUAAUAGGGGUGAGGGGGUGGGUCGGGGUGGGGGCGUGAGAAGCUUAAACAAAUCCCAGUUUGUUCUUAUGUCUAAUAUAUAAUGUCAACAGAAUGGUAUGGAUAAUAAAUGUAUAAAAGUGUA